CACUCUGUCAAGAGGCAGUUGUUAGCUGCCGGUGUAGCAAUAAAGCAGUUUCACCAUGAUACUAGUACUACUUAUUAGUUUUCUAACUGGAGUGAUAAACGUUUCUGCAGAUCGGGAAUUUCCUGCAGAUUUUAAAUUUGGUGUAGGAACAUCAGCGUAUCAGAUCGAAGGCGGUUGGAACGAGGAUGGAAAAGGGGAAUCCAUUUGGGAUCAAUUCACGCAUCAUCGACCAGAGAUGAUCGUGGGUGGGGGCACGGGAGAUGUUGCAUGCGAUAGCUACCAUCUAUGGAAGAGAGAUGUAGAGAUGGUGAAAGAGUUGGGCGUAGAUGUUUACCGCUUCUCAAUCGCUUGGAGUAGGAUUCUGCCGGAUGGGCUGAGCAACAAUGUGAAUCGCAAGGGAAUCGACUACUACAACAAUCUAAUCAAUGAGCUGUUGAACAACGGCAUUGAGCCAAUUGUUACAUUGUAUCACUUUGAUUUGCCUCAGCGUUUGCACGAGUUGGGAGGAUGGUUGACGUCCGAUAUUGUGGAUCACUUCAAAGAAUACGCAAGAGUAGUUUUCGAAAAUUUCGGUGACAGAGUUCACGGGUGGACAACUAUCAAUGAACCGUGGCAUAUUUGUGAAAAUUCGUAUGGAAGAGAUGGCUUAGCACCGGCAAUAAAUAUUCCCGGAAUCGCGAACUACAUCUGCGGCCAUAACCUGUUGAAGGCACACGCCGAAGCAGUUCAUUUGUACUGGGACGAGUUUCAAAAGAAGCAGAACGGAUCUAUUGGAAUUUCUUUGGAUACUCGAUGGUACGAGCCUGCCACCGACUCAGAAGAUGAUUUAGAGGCGUCUGACUGGGCCUUGCAAUUCCAUAUUGGUUGGUUUUCUCACCCUAUAUUUUCGUCGGAAGGGGACUAUCCACACAUUGUGAAAGAUCGAAUUGCCAAGCUUAGUAAAGAGCAAGGGUUCGCAAAAUCAAGACUUCCUGUUUUCACACAGGAUGAAAUUCUUCGGAUUAAGGGUACAGCAGACUUUUUCGGUUUGAACACAUACACUACAAGGUUGGCCUCCAAGAAUGGCGAACAAAAUCGAGCCAACUACGCAGUUCCAUCGAACGAGCAUGACAUGGGAGUUUACGUGUCGGUAGAUCCAAGCUGGACCAUCGUCCAGAUCCCGUGGCUAAGUGUUGUUCCAUACGGUUUGCAAAAACUUUUGGUCUGGAUUAAGGAGCAGUACAAUAAUCCUCCGGUUUUUGUAACGGAAAAUGGUGUCGGCACGGAAGCUGGAACCGUAGACACUCAGCGAGUGGAUUAUUACAAUGGCUAUAUGAAUGCAGUUUUGGAUGCCCUAGAGGAGGGUUGUAAUGUUCGAGGAUACUUUGCUUGGAGCUUGAUGGAUAACUUAGAGUGGAGAUACGGAUACACGUACAAAUUUGGACUAUACUAUGUAGACUUUGGAAGCCAAAACCGAACACGAUAUGCCAAAAUGUCGGCAAAGGUUUUCAAACGGAUCGUCGAAACUAGGAAGAUUGAUGACAGCUACAGACCUGCACCGGAUGUAAUUAUUCCUGCUUCACAUGGGAAUAGAAACUCCGAUUUCGUAGCUGUUACUUUAGGGAUUGUGUUUGUCUUUAUAGCGAAGAAACUCAAUACAUUAUACAAUAGUCACUAAAUACAUACAUAUUUGUAAUAAAUAGAUUAUGAAAAUUA